AACUCCCCCAGACAUUUCCAUGGUGCUCCUGUCCACUGAUCUUGGGCCUGGGGUGAUCCAAACACCACCCCAGCUCCAGCUGUCUUCUAUCAUUAGAAGCCCCAAGAGAAGCAGAGGUGGCUGGCACUGGUCAGUCAGAAGGCAAGGACAGACCCCGGAGGACUUUCCUGGCCUACCCACUGGCCCUGCCCUUGUUGCAGAGAAGGAAGCAGAUGUAAUCACAGCACCCCGUCAUGGGACACCGCUGACUCCAGCAUGGAGGACACCAGGGAUCGGGGCCCGGGCCUGUUUCCCCAGCUGUGAUCUUGCCCAGAACCUCUCUUGGCUUCAUAAACAGCUGUGAACCCUCCCCUGGGGGAUACACAGCAAUGAUGGGUGGUCAUGGGGUUGGGGGGUGGGGGGUGGGAUUGUUUCCUCUCAGGGGAUGGGUUCAUCUGAGUAAACAUAAACCUCAACUUGUGCCAUUCUUUGUAAAAUGAUUUUAAAGGCAAGAGGUGUGUGUGUUGGGGGUGUCGGGGGGAAUCCUUAAAUUAGAUCACCUGCAUACCUGCUCUCCAGUCUCAUUCCUCCAGCCAGACCCAGGUUUCCAGCUCAGCAAUCCCUCAGCAUUAUACAGAUCCAAUCCACCCUCACCGCACCUCUGCAGUUUCUCCCCAGGUGGAGCAGUUCCCCAGUGAGGAACCCCCACUGUAGGAGCCUCAAACUGAGCUCCACAGGAGAUGCUGUAGACUGAGAACGCUCCACAGAUGAUCCCCACAGGGAACAUUUAGAUUUAUAGAUUGCACAGAAUUGCUCCACAUCUGGGAGGCCAAAAGACAAUCCUCUGGAAGGUGGCUGGCCUAAGCUCCCCAGGGGGGAUCAGGAUGUCAGAGAGAUCCUCUAGAGGCUGCCGCUCUUGCCAUUGCCUGACCCCUCCCUGGCACCAGAGCCUGCCCCUUAGAUCCCUCCCCUGCCACUCGCCAGCCCGUAGUGGUGCUUGCUGCAGCCCUCCCUGGUUGCUUUAUUUAUUUAUUUUGCACCAACAGGGUUGCUGCAGACUCAUUCUCGCCUGGUUUAAAAAGAGAGAGAGGAAAAAAAAAAAAAGGAGAAAUGCUUUCUGGCUCUUUUCUCCACCUCAGUCUUGGCAGCAGCGGCCGCAGCAGCAGCAGCGGCAGGCAGCAGGCGGCUGGCGGGCAGCGGGCGUGAGGCACGCGGGGAAGGUGCAGGGGCCUGAGGUGCAGCUCUAAUGGGACAGGGCCCCCAGCGCUGGACAGAUGCAGUGCCCAACUUGAUGCCACCCUCCAGCUUCUCCGGACUGAAGACGGAAUGGGUACGGCCACAGCUCCAAAGCCAGCCUGGCCCCCAUGGCCCCAGCUCCUUUUCCUCCUCCUCCUGCCCGGAGGGAGCCAUGGCAGCUGCCCUGCUGUGUGCGACUGCACCUCCCAGCCCCAGGCUGUGCUCUGUGGCCACAGGCAACUGGAGGCUGUACCUGGAGGACUCCCACCGGACACUGUGCUCCUGGACCUGAGUGGGAACCGCCUGUGGGGGCUCCAGCGGGGAAUGCUCUCCCGCCUGAGCCUGCUCCAGGAACUGGACCUCAGCUACAACCAGCUUUCCACCCUUGAGCCUGGGGCCUUCCAUGGCCUGCAGAGCCUACUCACCCUGAGGCUGCAGGGCAAUCGGCUCAGAAUCAUGGGGCCUGGUGUCUUCUCAGGCCUCUCUGCCCUUACCCUGCUGGACCUCCGCCUCAAUCAAAUUGUCCUCUUCCUAGAUGGAGCUUUUGGGGAGCUAGGCAGCCUCCAGCAGCUGGAGGUUGGGGACAACCACCUGGUAUUUGUGGCUCCGGGGGCCUUUGCAGGGCUGGCCAAGCUGAGCACCCUCACCCUGGAGCGCUGCAACCUCAGCACAGUGCCUGGCCUAGCCCUCGCCCGUCUCCCGGCACUAGUUGCCCUAAGACUUCGAGAACUGGACAUUGGGAGGCUGCCAGCUGGGGCACUGAGGGGACUGGGGCAGCUCAAGGAGCUGGAGAUCCACCACUGGCCGUCUCUGGAGGCUCUGGACCCUGGGAGCUUAGUUGGGCUCAAUCUCAGCAGCCUGGCCAUCACUCGCUGCAAUCUGAGCUCGGUGCCUUUCCAAGCACUGCACCACCUGAGCUUCCUCAGGGUCCUGGAUCUGUCUCAGAAUCCCAUCUCAGCCAUCCCAGCCCGCAGGCUCAGUCCCCUCGUGCGGCUCCAGGAGCUACGCCUGUCAGGGGCGUGCCUCACCUCCAUUGCCGCCCAGGCCUUCCACGGCUUGACCGCCUUCCACCUCCUGGAUGUGGCAGAUAACGCCCUUCAGACACUAGAGGAAACAGCCUUCCCUUCUCCAGACAAACUGGUCACCCUGAGGCUGUCUGGCAACCCCCUGACCUGUGACUGCCGCCUCCUCUGGCUGCUCCGGCUCCGCCGCCGCCUGGACUUUGGCACGUCCCCGCCUGCCUGUGCUGGCCCCCAGCAUGUCCAAGGGAAGAGCCUGAGGGAUUUUUCGGACAUCCUGCCUCCGGGGCACUUCACCUGCAAACCAGCCCUGAUCCGAAAGUCGGGGCCUCGAUGGGUCAUUGCAGAGGAGGGUGGGCAUGCGGUUUUCUCCUGCUCUGGAGAUGGAGACCCAGCUCCCACUGUCUCCUGGAUGAGGCCUCACGGGGCUUGGCUGGGCAGGGCUGGGAGAAUCAGGGUCCUGGAGGAUGGGACACUGGAGAUCCGCUCAGUGCAGCUGCGGGACAGGGGGCCCUAUGUCUGUGUGGUCAGCAAUGUCGCUGGGAAUGACUCCCUGAGGACCUGGCUGGAAGUCAUCCAGGUGGAACCAGCAAACGGCUCGCUCUCUGACCCCAACAUCACCGUGCCAGGAAUCCCAGGGCCUUUUUUUCUGGAUAGCAGAGGUGUGGUCAUGGUGCUAGCAGUUGGCUUCCUCCCCUUCCUUACCUCAGUGACCCUCUGCUUUGGCCUGAUUGCACUUUGGAGCAAGGGCAAGGGCCGGGUCAAACAUCAUGUGACCUUUGACUUUGUGGCACCUCGGCCCUCUGGGGAUAAAAACUCUGGGGGUAACCGGGUCACUGCCAAGCUCUUCUGACCCUUCCUUCCCCAGUGGGGAGCCCACCCAGUCUGCUUCAGAUACCAAAGGGGAUGACAGAACCAAGGCUGCUUGGACCACAACUGAAUCCAGAGCAGCACCGCCCUCCCGCCCCUCCCGCCUGCCUUCUGCCAGUAACUAGCAAUGCCUCCUGCUAGACAGUCUGCUUCCCGAGCCUUUCCGGCCUGAGGAUGGCAUUGCCGUUUCUUCACUGAGGGUCCCAGGGAGCUGCAGAUGCAGACCCCGUCGUUACUCCAGCCCCCACUUCGUCCCCCCGCCACGCACAAUACAGGAAACAGAACCAAAGCUCUAGUCUGCUCAUCCAACCACUUGGCUUUCUUCACACACGCUUAUAUCCUUUAAUAACCAGCACCAACCGCCGGCCACAGCUCUCAGAUUAUUUCAGAGGUGGGGCUGGGAAGUGCCACUUGCUCCUUGGAGUCUCCAUUUGUCAACCAGGCAGAAUCCCUUUCUUUUCUGCUCCCCACCGCAAACCUGCCCCUAGGUGCAGGAAUAAGAGGCAAGGAGCCCGAGGCUACAGAAAGGAGGAGGUGUCCCUACAGAGGGACACAAUGUGUGAUGGGGAGGACAGGCCACACGCUGCACUGAGUCUGCAUAAGCCUCCACCACCCACCUCUGUCUCCCAGAUCAUUAAAUCUGCUGCCAAAGGCCCACAACAGUAGCUGCCAAAACUAAUGUCAUCUCUGGCGUUUUCUUGACUUCAGUCUGUUUCCUACCUUCAUGUCUGGUGUAUCUCCCCCUCCUUCUCUUCCUGCUUCCCAUUGAUCCUGUGUCCCAGUGGCCUUGCCUCCAUCUAACCUGCCUGACAAACAGGGUAAGGAGUGCCCUCCCACCUCCAUUCUCCUCACCCCCCAGCACCCCACCACCAUGCCUGGAGGGAUCAGCACUCCCAGCCCCGGUUUCAGCCUCAAUCCUUUACCUUUCACUCCCCAACUCUGGAAGUGGAAAAGGAGCGGUCCUCCACCUUCCCGGGGAUCCCCACAUAGAAAUUCCACCUGGGACACCCAGCUGCUGCCCCUCUUUGCCAUUUCUCCAUGGGAGCCCCCCAUCAUUUUUGUGUCACAGAUCCCUAGUGCCUUUGGGGGAAAGUCAGAACUCCAAGUUAAUGACUGACAAAUGCAAGAAUCCUGCAGUUGUCAAAGGAGAGAGACCCAGGACACUGCAGAGACAAGGCUUGGAGGAACAGGGAGGAGGGCACAGCAGGCUGUAGUGAGAAGCGGUGGGAAGCGGGAGCAGCAGUAACUGCCUGUCUAGUUAAUUUCCACCAUCCUUCUGCAGCUUCCUCCGGUUCUGUGCUUCCCGAGGUGGGAAGCUCUCUCCGGGUAGAGGUCAGUGACUUACAGAGACCCCCAGACGGGGAGGUGGAGUGGGAGGUGAAAGUGCUGAGUACCACUGGCUGGGCUUUAAAUAGAGGGCAAAAAAGAGCUUAAAAAGAAGUAGAGAUGCUGGCAGCUCAAGGGACAGAGCAACAGCCUCAGCAUCGCUGGGAGGGAGGAGUCACAGGGAGAGGAGAUGAGUGGGAGGAGGGACUGAAAAGGGAAGAAUCACGUGGCCCCAGGGAACCUUUCUCCGCAGCAGCAUCUGCCCAGCGUCCUUAGUUUCCUCCUACCCAUCCCUACACCAAACCAGAUGCAAGCAUUGUGAGCUUUCUGGUUGAUUCCUGCUGCUGUUGUCCUUGCUCUGAGGAGACUCCACUCAUUAGAUUCUCAGCCCAAACUGCCCGAUAGGUGAGACACUCAGUGCCACUGAGGAGGUGAAGCUGGACUUCACAGGCAGGCCACUCUUUAGUGAGACAGAGAUAGGAAUAUGUGGGUAGGACCAGAGGUGAAUAUGAGAACCGGGCAGACAGGAGAGUAAGGCUGGAGAAAGUGACCUGCUUGAGAAAUGAGUUUCCCUGAGCCUGCAACCUCCCCACCCACCAUGCACGCACAACCCAGUUAGCAUCCCAGCAGCUUCGCCUUCUCCAGUUUAUAAUGUACCAGAGAGGUUUUUGGGGGCACAGCCCUCCCCCUCCUCACCAUAACCUCCCACCAGCAGCUUAUUAGGUUGGGACUUGGGACUCAGACGCUAAAGGUUCCCACUCUCGCUGCCCUCUCUGCAAUGCGGAAGCAGCAAUGCCGUUCAGAGAAAUCUUCUCUGGGAAGCCCCUGCCGCAGUGAGGAACAGAUGACUGUCUGGCGCUGGGACAUGCUGCUGCCCAAAGUCUCUGGAGUCUCAAAGUCUCCAGAGCAGCGUUAUCCAGCAGACAUAGAAUCCAAGUCACCUAUGUAAUUUCAAGUUUUCUAGUAGCUACUACAUUAAAAAAUCAAAAUGAAACAGAUACAUUUAAUUUCAAUACUUAUUUAACCCAAUGUACCCAAACUAUUAUCAUUUCAAUAUAUUAUCAAUAUAAAAUCAAUCACAAAAUAUUUAACACUUUUU